AAAAUUACAUUAUUAAAAAUUAUAAUUAUUAUCCCAAUAAUACUUAUUAUACUAAAAAACCCUAUAUCUAUAGGACUAAUACUUGUUAUGCAAACAUUAUUUAUACGUAUAAUUAAACUAUAUAAUGAAAAAUCAAUAAUUAUUACUAUAAUUAUAGUAAUUGUUUUAUUAUUAACUAUAAUUUCAACAACAAAAAUUGUAAAAUUACAUGAAGGCCCACUACGAAAC